UUUAAGUCUCAUUCAAGCCCUCAUUAACUCCUCUAGUUUUUGGUAGGUCAAGCUUAUUUACCACUCUCCCUUCAACUCCUCCUUUCUUCAACUUCAAUAUUUAGGAACAGAAAGAAGACACUUAGAUCAAGAAAGAGAAACUCAUAGAAGCAAAUUUGAUGUAGAUGGUGGAAGAUAUCUGCCUUCUACCUUUAGCAUCAUCAAAUAUACUGCAAUAAAAGUUUGUUCAAAGGCUUCAGUAAAAGCCAAGGCAUGUCUCUUUCCUCUGCUUCAUCUGAAGCUUCUCUUAAGAAAGCUCUCAGAAAGCGCUGAAACUCAUGAGGAAGAAGAUGAGAGAGCUCUUUCUUGUUCUUCUCUUCCUUGUCUGCUUACUCAACGGCGUUGGAGCGAAGCGAGUUGUUUCUACUCUUAGGCUUGCAAGAAUACAGAAGCAUUUGGAUAGGAUAAACAAGCCUGCUGUGAGAUCCAUUCAAAGCCCAGAUGGAGAUAUCAUCGACUGUGUCCACAGCCACAAGCAGCUGGCGCUCGACCAUCCUCUUCUCAAGAACCAUAUGAUACAGAGAUUGCCCUCAAAAAGACCUAGAUUUUAUGGCGAGCGGCUAAUAAGUAACUCUACAAUAACAAAACAAGCAUGGCAAAAUUGGCAUCAUGUUGGGCAUUGCCCGAAGGGCACGAUCCCGAUACGUCGGAGCUCCAUCAACGACGUCCUCCGAGCCAAAUCACUCUACCACUACGGAAAAAAAAGGCGACGCCAAUGGCCACCAACCACCACCUCGACAACCACCCGAUCGCCAAAUGCGCCCGAUGUUGUCAGUGGCAAUGGCCAUGAGCAUGCGAUAGCGUAUACGGGAACCGACCAAGAAUUGUACGGAGCGAAGGCAACGAUCAACGUAUGGGAGCCGUCCAUUCAGGUCGGGAACGAGUUCAGCUUAUCGCAGAUUUGGGUCUUAUCCGGCUCUUUUGACGGCUCUGAUCUUAAUAGCAUCGAAGCCGGAUGGCAGGUCAGCCCUGAGCUUUAUGGAGACAGCAGACCCAGGUUCUUCACUUACUGGACGAGUGAUGCCUACCAAGUGACAGGAUGCUACAACCUCCUCUGCUCUGGAUUCAUACAAACUAACAAUAAGAUAGCCAUUGGAGCUUCGAUAUCUCCGAUCUCAUCGUUUGAUGGCAAUCAAUUUGAGAUCAGCAUUCUUAUUUGGAAGGAUCCAAAGCUGGGAAACUGGUGGAUGAGCUUUGGUGACGAUUUGCUGGUUGGCUACUGGCCAGCAGAGCUGUUCACUCACUUAACAGAUAGAGCAACAAUGGUGGAGUGGGGUGGUGAGGUUGUCAACACUCGUUCCGACGGCAAGCACACAUCGACUCAAAUGGGUUCGGGUCGGUUCGCCGAGGAGGGUUUCACUCGGUCCAGCUAUUUUCGCAACCUUGAGAUUGUUGAUGCUGAUAAUAGCCUGAGUCCUGUUCAGUCUAUCACUACACUUGCUGAAAACCCAAAUUGCUAUGACAUCAAGAGCUCUUCCAGCUCUGAAUGGGGCACCUACUUCUACUAUGGUGGACCUGGGAGCAAUCCCAAGUGCUUGUAAUUUGGCCCAACACUUAGCAACUCCUGUUCACAAUAUCAAGUUCAUUUUUCAGUUCUUUUUUUUGGUCCCUUUCUCUCUCUUUAUCAAUACAAGCCUAUUGGCAAUGCAAUGUGCAGUCUCAAUGUAUUAAGGUGCUGAUAUAUGUUGUUUUGGUGCUGCAGAUAGGGGGUUUAUGAGUUUGUUUUGUUUCUAUUUUUUGUUUGCCCCAGUGUACCAGUUUUCAUGCUUCACCUGCUACAGUAGCAAACAUUUAUGUGCACCAACUGCACACAAUUAAAACUAUAUGAAUCUAUUUAUUGCUACA